AUUCCCGUAUGCUGUAGUUUAUGACCGUUGUGUUGCAAAUUAUGGAACACAGAGUUAAUGUGUAUGAUGACGCUGUACAGCAUGCGUCAGCUUACAAUUCAAAGUUGACUAGAGAUCGCAAGAAAAGAUCACCAUACUACGAUGCACAAACUGGGAUACCUCACAUACCAGGCAAACUCUGGAAGAAUGAGAAAGACCGCCAACAAGGGCAACAACCAGGAAAGAUAUUCACGUACACAGCUGAGAGAUGGCGCCGUAAGAGACCAGGCGAUGUCGACAUACUAAGUUGUUAUGAAGGACAAAAAGGAACUGCAAACUUGAUUUGUGAAAGUGGCCUCCUGUUGCCAAGGCGAGAGGCAAAAAGAAGAGCUGCUGAUUUAAGCCGAGCAGCAGCUGCAGACUCACAAUACAGUGAUGAGGACAAACAAGUUGGUUCUGACAAUGGAGAUGACCCAUAUGAUGUAGGGGAAGUUGAUGACUCCAGUGAUGAUGAAACCUAUCUGGGAAAACGAUCAACAAUCUCAAGCAAAAAGAAGCAGCAAAUCACAAGCCAACUCCCUACUCGUUUAGCCAAACUUCGAAGUCAAAGCAGACAAAUGGGAGAGGAAGCCAUUCAUCCUUCUGCAGCAUCUAACAAUCCUCUAAUGGCUGAUUUUAAACCAAGACGAACUGCAUCUCCAAAUGAUUACUGUGAUUUCUGCCUUGGUGAUUCAGUCAAGAACAAGAAAACUAAUAAGCCAGAAACACUGAUUUCAUGUGCUGACUGUGGACGAUCAGGUCAUCCGACAUGUCUACAAUUCACUCCCAGCUUGACAUCGGUUGUUCUACAGUACAGAUGGCAGUGCAUUGAAUGCAAGUCAUGUGGAAUAUGUGGCACAUCUGAUAAUGAUGAUCAGCUGCUUUUCUGUGAUGAUUGUGACCGUGGUUUCCAUAUGUUCUGUCUUAACCCACCAAUGCAACAGCCACCUGAAGGUCGAUGGAGUUGCAAGCUUUGUCUUAGGAGUCAGUAAGAUAGAAAAUAUUCAAAACCCAAAGCUCCUUCAUCAUCAAAUCGUCAAGAUGAUAAGCAGCUGAGACACGUGACCUUCUCAUCUUUCCACUGCUCUGAAUAU